AUGCCCUGCGCGGGCAUUGGCAUUCAAGAGAGCGGUGAGAGCGAUAGGGUUUAUCUCGGGCAUUUCAUCCAGCACGCGAUUUGCCGCUGCCAAAUCUCCACAAUCCGCGUGGGACGCAAGCAAGAUCGUCCACGAGUAGCAAUCGCUUUGCGGCAUCUUGCGCAGCACAAUCUCCGCGCCGGGCAGAUCCCGGCCCUGGCAAUGCGCGCCGAUGACCGAGUUCCAGGAGAAGAUGUUCUUGCGGUGGAUCCGAUCGAAGGCCGCCCGGGCCUCGUCGAUCGUGCCGCAUCGGCUAUACAGUUGCACCAGGAGAUUGCCAAGAAAUGUAUCUCCGUCGCGCCCCGCCCUCGCAAUCCGGCCGUGGAGCUCUCUUCCAUCCUCGAGAGAUCUAGCGGCCGCGAAUUUCUUGAGGAGCGAUGCUGCGAGCUUGCGAUCGGCCUCACUGGAUGUGAUCUCGAUGCGUUUGAGCACCGGGAUCAUGAAAAGAAAGGGCCAUACGUUAAAACCCUAGGGUUUGGAGAGAUGAACGUGACGGAGGCGCUGCUGUGGAUCCAGGGCCAUGCCAAGGAUGUCGCGGACAGGAGCCGGAUUCUGGCGGCAUCGGCAUUGACGCGCAAGAUCUUCGCGAGAAGGAAGAAGGAGCGCGAUGGCUUGCCGCUGCUGCUGCCUUCUUCUUGGCCUCCUCCUACACAAGAGCGGAUGGAAGUCAUCGAUGCCGUCAUGGAAGCAUUUCGAGACAUUUCAAUGGAGCUGCUACUGCUGCUUCACGACAUCCAGAUUAACUUCCAAUUCUGGCGUGCUCGUCAACAGGGAUCUGACAUGAUGAGAAUUCGAUUCAUGGUCUUGGAGAGAGGUCCUCACGCCUUUGUGGAAGGCUUGGCCUGUAUGGUUCGUGCUUUAAUCUCCGAAGGCUCUGCGACUCAAAAGCUGGUGUAUGAUGCGUCAUGUCGAAUUACCGAGAGGAUGACGAUGCUUAGAAUCAUUCAGGAGCAGCUUGCAGUACUGCUUGCUCAGGUGUACCACGAAGUGGACAAACUGGGUGACCACCAAGGAAGGCAGUCUUUGUGUGCUGCUUUGACAAAUGUCUACGAUGCAAUGAUCAAGCUCGAAAGAAAUUACGAUUUACCUCCUAGUGCCUACUAUGGUCCAAACACUUCCAAGGACGUGAAGGCCCGCCUGCAUGUCGCUGAAGUACCGAAAGAAAUCAUGUCCAAACGAGAUUGGACGGACGAAGAAAUUGGGAUGGUCGUUCGGUGCUUACGUGCAAAUCUCAGCAACAUCAAAGAGUGCAUGGCGUUCCUGUUGCCUUUAUAUGAGAGGCCCAAGAAGAUAACUAGAUUUUGGAUUCAUUAUUCUGUCACUGCUUUAGCGUUCGUUGUUAUUUCCGGGUGGAUUGGAAAACAUAGCCGGCUAGCUGGUAGUGACGACCUUGACAACUGGAUCCGACAAGGUGCAGAGGCCAUUAAAGAUUUCUACCAAGAGCACGUUGAGGAACCGCUCUUGUCUAUCAGGGACGAUCUCUUUGAAACAUUUCGAAAGCGUCACCAAGGAUCAGCGGAAGUAGGAGACGUUCGAUUAACUGCAGCAUCUUUGAGCAGGAUGUUGAAGGCAUUUGCGGAGCAAACAAGCGGUGGUCAUCUUCCUAGCGAUGCGACAGAGCAACAAAUGAUGGAGAUAAUGAUGAGCAGAUAUGAAAAGGAGUUGACACACCCGCUUCAGAGCCUUCUUGGUGGAGAACUUGCGAGGGCGUUGCUGAUUCAAGUUCAGAAGCUAAAACUUGACAUUGAAACUGCGAUGCUGGAACUAAAUCAAAUACUGCGAGCCAACGAGAUUAACUUUGCGAUUUUGGCUGCUUUUCCUGCUGUAAUUUUCGCGGUUUUCCUAGGAUAUUUGAUUCGGGUUUCACUUUCCAAGUCUAAAGGUGCAGAAGGUAGGGGGCGUAAGGCGCAGCUUCGGAGGAGAAUGCUCGUCGCUGAAGCCGAAAGAGCAGUGAUUCAAUACCAGCUUUUUAAAGAUAAAAACGAGGAAAGCCAAGCGUUGUGGCAGUAUGGAAUGCUGCUCUAUGCCCUUGACAGGCUGUACCGUGCCCUCUCUAAGAAUGGCAUCUCUAAGGCUGAAUGGUUCAGCUUGCGGGAGGAUGUAUUGGACCUUGCAAAGCCGAAUUUGGACACACACUACAAGCUCUUGAUAACUGCUCGGAUGGGACGACUGUACGAGUGUAUUGCUCCAGUUCCGAGACUCUAGUGAAAGUGGCACUGUCAGGAUUCGAGCCGGUGACACAUGACGUCGUCGCGCGAAAUCCAUAUUUUUGCGUCCGCGCGCAAAAUUCAGUUACAAUUUUGGAGCUA